UGCCUACUCUGCCCAACAGUUGUCUAUUUGAUGCAUCAGACGAGAUAUUUUAGCAAUUCACUGUUCUUUGAUCAUCUAAAGAGAAAAGAAUGAACAAGAAGAAAUUCUAAAUGACUGUUCAGAUUUGAUUUUUUCGUUUUUGGUUAUAAGAUGGACCAAAUGGGGUGUGGGAUCUGAACCCUGCUUUUGAGUGUAGGGAACUGGAUGGAUCAGCAAGGACAUGGGCAACCCCAAUCGAUGGGGAUGGUAGGUAGUGGAGGUCAGUUGGCAUAUGGGACUGCUCCGUAUCAGCAUACUCAAAUGGUAGGGAGUCCAAAUCCUGCUACAGUUGGUGCGCCAGUUGGAGGCAUUCAAUCUAGUAGUCAAUCUGCCGGAGCUCAGCUUCAACAGCAUCAACUUGCUUAUCAGCACAUUCACCAGCAGCAGCAGCAACAACUUCAACAACAACUGCAGAGUUUCUGGGCAAAUCAGUUUCAAGAGAUUGAGAAGGUAACUGAUUUCAAGAACCAUAGCCUUCCUCUAGCAAGGAUCAAGAAGAUUAUGAAAGCUGAUGAGGAUGUGAGAAUGAUAUCAGCUGAGGCACCUGUGAUCUUUGCAAGGGCAUGUGAAAUGUUCAUCUUGGAGUUGACCUUGCGGUCUUGGAAUCACACAGAAGAGAAUAAAAGGAGGACACUUCAAAAGAAUGACAUUGCAGCUGCAAUCACGAGGACUGAUAUCUUUGAUUUCUUGGUAGACAUCGUGCCGAGAGAGGAUCUGAAAGAUGAAGUCCUUGCAUCCAUUCCAAGGGGAACGGUUUCUGUUGGGGCUGCUGAUGCACUUCCUCCAUACUGCUAUAUGCCACCUCAGCAUGGACCUCAGGUGGGGGCUCCUGGGAUGAUCAUGGGCAAGCCUAUGAUGGACCCAUCUAUGUAUGGGCAACAGUCUCACCCCUACAUGGCUCCGCAAAUGUGGCCGCAAGCACCGGAGCAGCAGCAGCAGCAGCAACAGCAACAGUCACCAUCUGAUCAUUAGUGGCUGCAGCAUGGAAGUGAAGAAGUACACAUGACUUAUCCCAGCCUCAUGUUCAUGUUGAAUUCAAAUAGGAGCUCAGAAUAAUACUGAACUGCAAACAGUAAAGCUACUCUGCUCUACAUAAAUGUUGUUUUAUGUUCAAGUAAAACGCUUAAUCACGGUCACCACCUAUCUGAACUUUUCGUUAAGAUACUUGAUGCCGGUAAUGUUUACAGUUUUUUCCUCAACACUUUUGGUCUGUAAUCUUACUGUUUCUUUCAUCUGUACCCUUUUAACAUUUUUCUUUAUAACUUGAUGGCUUUCGUUAA